AUGGACGAUCAUCGAAAUUCAACCCCCAAAAACGCCAUUGGACUUUGCCUCCUCCCUCAAGAACUCAUCCAAAACAUCUUCCUCACCCUAGUGUUGCCCGAGAUCGUUCGUUUGAAACUCGUCAGCAAGUCCUUCUCUAGAAUCAUCUCCGACCACGCCUUCGUUCGCCAGUGCAACUCUCUGUCCACUUCCACCACCUGGCUCUUCGUCUACAAGAAGCGCUGGCUCCGCGACGCCGUGCUUCACGCCUUCACCGAUCGGAGCUCCGAUCGCUGGUUCCGAAUCCCCAUCGCCGAGCUCCUCAAACCCGUACACUUUCACGGCGAGGAUCUCUACUUCCUCGCCGCUUCCAAUAACGUCUUCCUCUUCGCCUCCAACACCGUUCGCGAGGUCGUCGCCGUUAACUUAGUCGCCGUCACCGUUAAGAAGAUUCCUCCUUCCCCGUUGGGUCCUCGUGGCACCUCUUCGUGGAGGAGAUCCGGAAUGAAGCUCGUUACCGACCCCGCCGGUUCGAAGCAUUUUCGCUUCAUGUUCGCCGAGUUCGUGGGAAAUCGCCCCGUUUUGUUUGUGUACGACUCCGAGACUAACACGUGGAAGUCAACGGAGGCAGAAGAAAAUAAGGCCACUGGCUUGUUGCCACGUGGAGGGAGACACGUGUUUUUGAACGUGGUUCAUGGACCUCGAGAGAGCGUUUUGGUUGCGUCCACGCCCGACUGUGAUGCUCCGGUGGUUCUACGGCCAAGAUUUGAUGAUGCCAGGGGAAGUGGAAAUAACGAUGGCCUUUUAACCGUUGGAUUCAGCUGGGGGAACGUGAUUGAUCGGUUACACGUGUACGGUGACGGGUACAUGAUGAUUGUGAAAUCGGAGGGGGCGAGGAUCACCGGAGAGGAUGGAAUUGGUCGGAACUUGAGGGUGUUGAAAGGUGUGGAACUGUGGGGUGUGAGGCUGGACGGAAGGAACUGGGAGUUUGUGUCUACGGUUCCUGGUGAAGUGAUGAGGGUGAUUGAGAAGCCUUAUGCAGUGAUGAUGGGGUGCUUGGAGGAGAAAAAUGGCAUCGUUAGGGCUGCUUUGGUCUCUAAUUGUGAGGGACUUUGGGACAUGACAUGGCUGUCUUUUGAUACAAAGUGGAACCAGUGGACCUGGAUGCCCCUCCCUGAUUGCAAAAUGAAGGGUUGGAACAUGGCUGGGAUAAGCUUCUCGUCUGGGCUAACCUUGCCAUGA